CCGCCACUGUAGGACUUCUGGUCCCAGCGCACUCAAACGUUUCCGGGUUGACCACAGGGAUAAAUCUGUGCGAAGUGAUACCAUGCAUAAAGGGAGACGCUAACGGUGAAGACUUCGGGUGUUACAAAGAAAAGUGACUGCCUCCAUGAGUAUCUGAGAGUAUCCCACACAUAGCUCCACAACUGCAGGCACAUUCAGGAUGCCAAUCCCGCCUCCACCGCCCCCACCACCCGGGGGGCCCCCUCCACCACCCACUUUCAGCCAAGCACACACUACCCCACCUAAACUGUCUCAUGAUGAAGCAAAAGGCAGAGGAGCUUUGCUGUCAGAUAUCUGCAAAGGAACCAGACUAAAGAAGGUUGAUGUUGUCAAUGAUAGGAGUGCUCCCAUGAUUGAGAAGCCGAAAGGAGGGGCUGGAGGCGGGGCCACUGGUGGAGGUAUGUCUACGGGAGCUCAGUCAAUGGGUGGCUUGUUUCAGGGAGGUGUACCUAAACUGCGGCCUGUAGGAGAUGGCUCUUUAGGCAGGUCUGCUCUGCAGCCUCCCAGCUCUCGGCCUGCUGCCCCGUGCCCAGCAGGUCGCCCUGAAAACACAGGCAGCCCCACUCAACAGGCCUCUCCGCCUGAAUCAAGCCGCUCUCAGCGUCCUUCGCUUCCAGAUCUGUCACGCCCCUCUAGUGGAGCCAGCAGCCCUUCGACAGGCAUGAAACACAGUUCCUCUGCCCCUCCUCCCCCUCCACCCAUGUCUCGCCGUGGUAAUGCUCCACUCGCCCCGCCGCAAAAAGUCCAUGCAUCUUCAUACAACCGAGAAAAGCCCCUCCCACCCACACCAGGGCAGAGGGGCCCUUCUCCUGCACCGGGACGUGAUGCUGCACCACCACCUCCUGUCAAACCACCUCCCUCUCCAGCAAGCAACCGCUCAUCUUCCUCAUCCUCUUCCUCCCUGGCUCCACCCCCACCACCCCCAUACCGCCAGCAGCUUGUGGUCUCCAACGGUCCCUCCAGCCCAGUGAAUGAAACUGCCCCAGAACUGCCCCAGCGACAUAACUCGCUCAGCAAGAAGCCAGCCAUGGGUGGCCAUACACCUACAAGGGCACAUGCUCCACCCCCUCCUCCAUCACCACAGGCUGGGCGUCCUCCACCUCCUGCACGAGAUCCACCAGGCCGAGGAGCAGCUCCCCCGGUCCCAGGGCAGACACCACGUAACAGCCGGGAAGCCCCUCCUCCUCCGCCACCCCCGUACCGAACUCACGGAAACCCCUCUGAUGCCCCCAGCAGGGGCAAGCCCCCUCCUCCCCCUUCACGUACCCCUGCCGGGCCCCCACCCCCACCCCCACCACCACCCAUCCGCAACGGACAUGCCUCUGUUCCCCGCUCCUUUGUAGAUGACUUUGAGUCUAAGUAUUCUUUCCAUCCUCUGGAUGACUUCCCCCCACCAGAGGAGUACAGACACUUCACAAAGAUCUAUCCCAGCAAAGCUAACAGAGCGGUGAGGGGAGCUCCUCCACUUCCUCCUGUGGGGAGGUGAACACUGUGACAAGUCUUACGGUGCCAUGUGGGAGCUGAAGCUUGCGCAUUUGCAUCCACACACACACACCCACACACACCAAGCCUGCACCUUAACAUCCUCUGCCUCACUGGAAAACAUUCCAUUUCACUCGAGCGAACUCCAUCAUGCAAGCAACGCUCUCUAGACCUCUGUUGGCAACGGGUUGGGAAAAGACUUCACUCCACUGGGUACGGAGAGGGAAAGCAGCAGAAAAAAACAUUGUGUUGCAUUCUACCCCAAUGGCCAGUUUUUCUUUCCUCCAGAUGUUGUGUGUUAUGUGGAUGUUAACACUGCAGUCUAAGGAAGGACAGUGAGGUGGCACAGCGCAGUCCUGCCGUUGUUGACUGAGACACCAGCUGUUGGUACUGAAGGUUCAGCAGACCUGUGUAAGAGGGUAUGGCUUAAGAUAAAAGAAACAGGUUUGGAAGAAUCCUGAUGCGCAUAUCCUUUAUUAUCAUUAUUAAUAUUAUAAGUUAUACUAAAUUAAUAACUUGUAGUUAAUAAACUAAUAAUAAUAAUGCUGUGGUUAACACUUUCUCCAAAACCUGUUCCAGAUUGAUGCACUGUGAAUAUGCUAAUGACUUAGAAAGCAGAGAAAUUUGCAUGCCUGUCCUUGAGUGCAAACUGGAACUGUAAACUGUAAGCACUAAAAUUGCUUUAGCUGGGUUAUUGUGGUGUUUUUGUUUUUGUUUUGUUGUUGUUGUUGUUGUUUUGUUUUUAUUUAAAUGUUCGUUUGACACACCCCAUUAUCAGGGAACAGCCAUUAAUUUAAGUUCUCAGGGGGCUUUUGGGACUUGAAUACUUGCCCCUCAUAAUUUAAUAACUAUUAUAACAAAGUUCUUUCCAGAAGUGCCAAGAGGAGCAGCUCCUAUUGCAUGCUUCUGUCUUAGUCGUCCCAUGCCUUUCCUUUCCCAUUGGUAGGACUUUUGUCCAGAUUGGGCAUACUAACAAUGAUGUAUUCUGAUUUUCUUGAUCUUUUUUUAAAACCUUUUUAUUAAUGGUGUGGGGAAAUGUUGCUUUUGCUUUGCUCUGCAGAGACUGCAUCUCAUAGCCGUGCAUCGUGAGGGGAAUUCAGGCUUAUGCAUGUUUUCCAUUUGUUCUGUCUUGACAAGAUGAUAAAUCUGCUCCCACUUUCAGAAAGCUCGCUUCACGGUGUGCCAGCUGGGACGAAGGCAAACCACAGACGUGCAGCCCAGUGACUUGCUUUGUUUGACAACCUUGCUUUAGCACUGCAUUCACACCUAGUGAGAGAAAACUAACACUACUUACACUACUUACACUCCCAAAGGGGUGAAAUGAACUGGAAGCUGGUUAAGCACUAUAAGAUUCACUUUGGUUGGACCCUCUUUAAACUGCAUGUGACACAUUGGGACCAAACUUAAGCUGAAAUGCUACAACUGUACAUGUGGAGCCGCAGGAGUGCUGUGUGUUUCACAGUUUAACACACUUUUGUUUUUGGUGGCCUAUCACCAGUUACUGGAAAAAGUCAAUUAAUGGUGGAAGGCUAUGGGACGGUCUUACUAAAUUGUGUAAUACUGCUGGAACAUGACUUGGUAACUAUCAUGGUAGUUGUGUUCAACUAACAGCUCUAUAAUCCUCUGCUGUCCUUAAUUAUGUAAACUUAGCCCAUAAUGAGAAAGGGUGGGAUGGGGGCUCGUUAUUGAUUCUUUAUGUCUGACACUUUCGAUUAUCAUUUAUUGAUUCAGUUCAUCUGCAUUUAUGAUGGUAUUGGACAGUAUUUUGCAAGGCCAGUUAAUGCUGUGGAUGUAUUCAUGCAUACAUCUUUAUGUGGUAGGGGUAAACAAUGCACUGUGUAUUUUUUCCCUUCUCUUUUUUCCUUCCCAGAUCUUGAAUUAUGUGCAGCUCACAUGCCCCUGUGAGUCAAAUAAUUGUUGCAGAAGUCAUCAAACCCCCACCACCCAUUCUGCCUUACAGCUCAUCGGUACACAAUUUUUAGAAAAAGGAAAAUAACAGAAGUACAUUAAACUAUUUAGGGAAAUAUGGUAGUAAUGGUUAAUCUGUUUUUAAGUUGUACAAAGCUUGUAAUAUAGGGAAUGCUUUGAAGCACAUGUGAAUAACCUGGGCCUUAAACUGAGCCUUUGACUAAUCUUCAGGUGCCCCUAAUAAAUGAGUAUAAAUGCCUGAGUAUUUUUCUUCUUGUAUUGUCAUUGUCUGUCACCAGGAGACAGUGUAGAUGCACAGUUUCGCUUACAUUGAGAGAGACUCCAGUGUGUUCUCUCCCAUUAUCUGCUGUUUAUACGUUGCGUUCCUCUAUUGGUCAGCCAUGUAGUACCAGUACAAAUAAAAUGUAAAAAAAUGACAAAAGGUCA